UUUGACUAUUUCCGCUCCAGAGCACACGUGUUUCCGCUUGGCAACAGCGCUCCUUCCGCCUACCGACAGAUCUGUUGAUGCUCUUUACCCCAAAGGAUUUUCGUUUACCCUGCUCCCCCCCUCCCCCCCCCUCCGAUUUCAGACUUGAAAUUGAACGUAGCAUGAACACGGGAUUAAAAAGCGCCCCUGUUCUGUGCAGAUUGUGUUGACAGACAGGCGCAGAUCAGGACAAUGCUGCGUCUGUUCGGAACAUUUCUGUCGAACUUUAAACGCCUUAGAAGAUCUGAGGCUAAAGGCUAGCUGGAAUAAGCUGUCCCCGUCCAAGACGCACCGUUGCUGGGAGAAGUAACGAGAUGUUGGUAAAAAGUCACUGGUCAUGUCACGGUCCCUGCAGCGAGCUGAGAUUCUGUUCAGAAGUACUUUUAAUCCCAGUUUGAAGUGUCUGUUCCAUGUUCCGAGUCAAGAUGAAGAGGAGGAAAACCUUGUUGUGGCUCACAACCUUGUGUCGCGCUCCUCUGCACGUCUGCAGCGAAUGCAGCAGCAUCUUCUGACAGUGGUGUUGCAGGGCCCACCGGUGGAAGGGGGCCACAUGGGAUCCCUACCAGGGCAGUACAGAGCUCUGUGGAGGCUCUUUGAGCAGCGAUCUCUGCUGCUCUUCAUACAUGAAUACAUCAGAAGGCUUCAUCUGUCAACAGCUUUCAUAUCCAGACUGAAACACUUGUUGCAGCAUCAGCUCAGAGAACUUCACUUAAUGCAAACUAAGGUCCUGCCCGGCUCACCUUCAUCCAGAAUCAGCCUCGUCUCUCUAAGUCAGGAGUUCCGACUUCAUCUGAACCACAGGAGUUUCUUCACCAGCCGAGUCCAUUCUGACCACUAUCUGAGACAGGCACUAGUUUCACACACCAAAAUGCUGGAGGAGAUGAAACGGACUCUAAGCCUACUUGGUCUACAACUUUUGUUCCUAAUGGAGCAAUGUGUAUAUGGUAUUCUGUCUGUGAUUGGGAAGACAGAAUUGGACUUGGUACCCAGAGAUGUUCUGGAGGACAUUUUAUCAGGAACAGACCUGUACAGUCAGGCUGUGGAGGAGCAUAAAGUCCAGCUGAGGAUGUUGGUUUUGCAGGAGGCACAUAAAUUCAAAUUCUUUAGCAGACUUCCAAAGAUUAUAAGACAUCGUGCUUCUGCUGUGUCAGUCAGAGGUCUGAUGAGUGUCUUGGCUGUUCAUCGGGCAGAAAUGAUUGCCAGACUACUGGACCUCUGGAUUUCUGAGGAGAGCUGUCAUGUUUGCAAGGUUCAUUGCACUCACCAAACAUUCUGUGAUAACUUCAGGAGUCCAGAGUCUGAAUGCAGCUGUAGCUUUCCCAAGUGGACCUGGGAACAGCUGUGGCAGACAUAUCUGACUUCCUCUCCUCUUCUCGACAGUAUUCAGCCUUCUGUGCAGAUGUUGUCACAUCAAACAUCUGAUAAAUGCUCCCCUAUUUACAGCCCUAAUCGCUCCUUGCAGAGUUCUGCUUUAGAAAUUCAACUCCCCGUUUUGGUGAAACUGUCUUCUUUCCAAAAUAAAGAAGAAAGCUCAAGAAAAACCAGAACCAGCCAGAGCCAAACAUGCAUAACUCAGUCUGGACUCACUCAGUUCAGUGCAGAGGCAGCUCAGUCUAACCUGGAAGGUUUAGAAAACUGUGACUGUCCUUCACCCUCUGUAGCCACCUCCCAUCAUGCCUCAGCCCUGCCUCCUCCUCAGCUGAACCAGUCCUCUGUCGAUCCACUGCUUCAGGUCCUCAUGACCUCCACUGACCUGCUGGCUCCACUGGCACUUCAAAGGCCAACAUCAGAAGAAGCAGCUGCUCAGCUCGUCUCGGUCUCAGCUCCAGAUGUGGUCACUAGGAAGGCUGGAUCAGUCGGUGUAACUGCAGCAGCUCAGCUGGAGAUGUUCAGCCAGCAGAGCGUCGUUGGGACCAACACACAGGACUGGACCCGGGUCAAAACCGCAUCGGGAGCAGAUGCUCCAGAAAGUUCUGGUGAUCUGAAGGAUGAGGACAUGAGGAGAAGAGGCAGAGAUGGAACAAGGUUAAGCACUGUGGAGCCAGAGUGUGUUGGUGGGCCUCAUUCUGUGCAGUGGAUGGACAUGGGUCGAUCAGUUCUCCUUGCCGAUCUGCUCCAACACUAUCAGUCUCAGCUGUUGGUCUUCUGCUCUAAUGCUCUGCGGCUUAAACUCCACACAGCAGCAGCAGGAAACGCUGCAGGCAGCAUCAACCUUCAAGAUGAUCGCAGGAGCUUCCAGACCCUGCACAGUGUUACUCAUGCUUUAGAGACAGGUCUGUUUCCAAAGGCAUUCCGAACCAUACUGGAGCACUUCAGGCUGUAUUUGUUUGUCCAGUCAGCACACGCCCACUGGGACUCUGUGGCAUGCAGAGGUUUGGGUUCAGCCCUGAAGGAUAAAUGUGUCAGAAAUGAGAGCAGCAGCUCUGCAGCAGCAACUUCAAACGAAGAGGGAAGUGUCCUGAUAUCACAGACAAUGGCACACUUCCUCCAGCUCCUCCCUCCACUGCUGUCGUCUCUGUGUUGUUGCCAGUCAAACAGCUCAAUGUGUGAAUCUUUUGGCCUCCUCCUGCCCAGCUGUGUACUGCAGAGAUGGACUUUUGGUUUGCUGUUUGCUUCGAUCCAAAUCUCUACAGUCUGGAUCAUGUCCAAAGCACAUCAGUUCCUUUCUUCAUGGAGUCCUAAUAAGUUCCUUCUCAUCACCCAAGGAGAUCUCAGAAUGUUGAUGGAGAGCCUGGAUAAGACAAUUGGUCAGACGAAGUCCGUACUCCUGAGUUCAGACUGUGACCAUCGUCCCACUCUGCAGAGCCACAGUCAGCAUCUACAGAGGCACCAACUGGAAGCUCUUGAUCGGGCUGCAUGUGAGCUGCAGGCGUUCUCUUCCAUGGUGCUGAGCAACUUCUCUACUGACUGCAAACGGAUGUCUGGGGAGAUCUUUGAGCGCACCAUGCCGUCUGCAGGAUACUGGAGGCCGAGCCAGAGGACGGGUUUUCCCAGCAGUCCCAGUGAAUAUGCAUCUCUGGCAGCUCAGACUGUGAUUGGCCAAGUUCUAGAGGCUGUUGCGCCAUUGUCAGAAGAUGCUCACGUCCAAGCACUAACUGUGGCGAUGACGGCUUUCAUGGAGGCAUGGAUGGAGCACAUAUUAAAGCAGAAGAUCAAAUUCAGUCUGCAGGGGGCGCUGCAGCUGAAGGAAGACUUUGAUUCUGUCAGGGAGAUGAUCAAGUCUGACAAGUACGGCCUGUCAGCCGAACUUCACCAGAGACUCCUCAGCCUCAGUGUUUUUCAGCAGGUAGACUCGGCGCUCCUUUGUUUGCUGCAGCAGCCACAGGCCAAGCCGUACCUGCAGCGCCCAGCCUGGGAGUCGUUCACAUGCUGCUGUCCAGUUAAAGGCAGCAGAGACAGCUUGGACACUGCUGCUGUGGGCAGUAACAUAACCAACCUGGGCUGUGUGGAAGGUGAAGAGCUGACUCAGUCUGAUCAGACUGUCCACUCUCCAGUGGACACGUCUCUCCCUGCAGAGCCUUACCUGGCUUUAAGUCAUACAAACAUCCCUCCUUCCUGUGACCCACAGAUUUCCUGUCAAACCUCAGAUGUUUCAUCUUCCACCUCAGUCAUGGACUCUGCUGCUUCCACAAGUUUGUCUUCAACCAAAUCAGGAGACCCAAGAGAAGGUUCCACUGUUGUGGAAGACAUCCUGUCUGGUUCCAGUAGCAAAGAAAACUCAGCCAUCUGUUAUCCUGACAUCUGACAUCAUGAAGGUUCUGGAAGACACUCCUUCUGGCCAACCCGAGUAAGCAGACAAGUACGUAUCUGGACCCAAUGCAGUUUGCUUAUUGCCGUAGAAUUGGGAGUUGAAGUUGAAGAUGCCUUCAUGCAUCUGCUUCAACAAACCCACUGUCAUCUGGACAAAGCAGGCAGCACUGUGAGGAUUAUGUUCUUUGAUUUCACCAGUGCAUUUAACACAAUUCAGCCAGAUCUGCUCUGUGAGAAACUCAAGAAGACGCAGAUGGAGGCCUCAACAAUCACCUGUAUCUAUGACUACCUCACCCACAGACCACAAUUUGUGAGACUGAAAAACUGUGCAUGUAACCAGAUGGUCAUCAACAUAAGUGCCACAGGGGACUGUACUCUCACCACUCCUUUCCACUCUACACUUCAGAUUCCUGUAACAUUCAUCCGACUCCUGUCAUCUACAGAAAUACUUGGAUGACUUUGCAGUUGUUGGGUGUAUCAGAGACGGACAAGAGGCUGAGUACAGACAAAACCAAUGUUUCACUUGUUGAUUUCAAGUGAAGCAGGAUUAGAUCCAACCCUAUUUCCAUUAUGGGAGAAGUGGAGGCGGUUGGGGAAUAUAAAUACCUCGGAAGUUUGUUGGGUCAACAGACUGGACUGGAGAUGCAACAGUGAAGCCGUCUGUAAGAAGGACAGAGCAGACUGGACUCCUUGAGGAAGCCAAGAUGCUUUAAGGUCUAUAAGUCUGUUGAGAGAGUCAUUUCUUCUACUGUCAUCUGUUGGGGCCACAGCAUCAGAACCAGGGACCUAAAAAGGCUCAACAACCUGAUAAAGAAGGCUGGUUCUGUUCUGGGGACGACUGUGGAACCUCUGGAGAUGGACAACCCUGAACACCAUUUUCAUGGGACUGUCAUGGGAAAACAGAGUAUCUUCAGUCAGAGGCUUCUUCAAAUUCCCUGUAACACAGACCGCUACAAGAGAUCUUUCCUACCAACAGCCAUCUCAAUCUACAAUAAUUUUUUGAAAAAUUUUAAUGUUACAACAUUGUUGAAUUUCCCUUUGGAAUCAAUAAAGUAUUUUUGAAAUUUAAUCUGAAUUUGAGUGCGUCUCCAGUGAUGGUAUAAAGACAUCUGGUUGUUGAUGUCAAAAUGACAGGCAGCUUUCCUGCCUGCCAUUACAGCAUGAAGGCUGAAAAACACUCAAGCAAUCAGAAAUGUAUAAGUCAGCGGAUGGGUUUGUGCUGAUUCAAUAACAUUUAUGUAUAAUGAUUAACCUCAGCAACAAGGAGGCUUUCAUCCAGGAGCAGCAGAUUAGCAUUGCAAAAGCUAAAAAGUGUUUGGUUCAGUCUGUUUACCUGGAGCAGGGACGGCAGCCAAAGGAGCAUCUACUAAAAUGAAUAUUGAUGUAAUCAUUAUGUUACAUAUAUUUUGUCGUUAUUUUGUUAAAAUUAGUUUUCACUCUGACAUUACAUUUUUCUUAUUUUUAGUUAUUUUUUGUCAAAAAAGUUACAUUUUGUUGAUCAUGCUUGAUCUGGAAAAGGCAUAAAGUGGCAAAGCAUCCAAAGGGCUGAAUACCUUUUUAGGCAUUAUAUUCUAUGGUGUGUUGUGUGUAGAAAAAACAAUACUAUUUGGUGACAGUGGCUCAGGUAGGAGUUCAUACUGUAACCAGUGGGUUGCUAGUUUGAAACCCCGAUCUGUCUAUCUCAAUCAUUCUGUCCUUGGGAAAGUACAGAAUGAUUGUCCUUACCCACUGGGUACCUUACCACCAGGUGUCCGUUUGCCCCAGGCCAGUUGUGGCUACAGUGUAGCCUACCACAAUCGGUGUGUGAAUGACCGCUUGUAGAGUGAAGUGGUUUGAAGUUCUCUGGACUCGAUGAAGCGCUGUGUAAGGAAAGGCCAUGUACCACUGUACUCAUCCUACUUGAGUGGUUGCUGGAGGUGUAAUCUUUUUCU